AUGGUGACCGCACGGGCUAUGAUUACCCAUGCAGAUGAUGCCCCUGCCUACUGGCAGAUUGGCAACCUCUGGCGCACCAUGGCCACUGGGGUACAAACAGACAAUGUCUUCACUUUACUCGACCAAAUUGUUCAUAGCGGUGGUGGCGGUGGCCCAUGCACUCACACCCAUACCCAGGACGAAGGUCUCUACGUCGUGUCCGGCAAAUGCACCUUCAACGCCGGUGGAAACGAUGGCUUGCCUGCUGGGCCUGGCACAUUUGUCGCUAUUCCCCGACUGACAGAACACUCCUUCACCGUUGAUGAGGAAGACACGCAGCUGUUGAAUUUCUACCUGCCGGCUGGCUUCGAAGUCCUGCUGACCGGCAUCGCCCACCCAGCUGACCGCAAUGAGCCACCCCCUCCCGGUGUUCCACUGCCUCCUCCUCAUCUGGUGCGCAAGCUGGCUUCCGACUACGGUCAGACUGCCGUACUUGGCAUGCCCUUUAUUGACAAGGCUCGGCCGGGCAUCAUGUCCACGCGCCCAACCCCUGGAGCUACCAUAUUCCCAUUUACGGCACACGCCAAAGGCGUGCCUAGCUACUGGUACAAGGACGGACUCUGGUCUGUACUUGGAUCAAGCAAACAGACUGGAGAAAGCUACACCAUGCUACAGCUCAACUUGCGCAAGGGAGUCAUCAGCUCGCCUCACAUUUACAAUGACCAUGACGAAGUCUUCUAUAUCCUCAGCGGAGAUUGCACUUUCUUGCUUGGAGACCGCAUUGAACGAUGCAGCAAGGGUGCUCUAGUUUUCAUUCCCAAAGGCACUCCUUCAUCUCACCGUGUUGACAGUGAGACUGCCCUGAUGCUCAACAUUCACACCCCUGGUGGAUUCGACGAAGCCCUUGAACAGUUGGGGCAGAAGGCCACUGAAUUCCGCCUACCCAAUAUUGGCGACUCGGCUGAGGUUAAGCAGACAGACGCCAGAUUGAGGAAUAUGCUUCUUAAUGGACUUGGUAUCAAGAACAUUGCUGUCACAGACCCUUUGUCUUAG